UCAGAACAUGUCUAAUUGGACAAGUCUGUGGUAUGUCUGGUUAAUCUUGCUGACUGUGUUCCUGCUCCUGCUCUGUGGGAUCACAGCAAGCUGCAUCAAAUUCUGCUGCUGGAAGAAGAGGCCUCCAGUUGAGACCUUCUCUAGGCACCCUUAUGAUCUGACAGUUAUUGCUAUUGACAGUGACAGCACUGCCCAUAGCACAGUGACCUCAUAUAGCUCGUUGCAGUACCCUCUAAGUGCCCCUAUUCAUUCGAUUUUUGUGGAUAUGGAUAAGAUCACUGUGUCCCCUCCAGCUUACAGUCUCUAUGCAAUGGAGUUGCCACCUUCUUAUGAUGAAGCUGUCCAAAUGGGUAAACAAUACAUUGAAGUCACACGGAUAAGCCGGAAAUUCAAUGACAUCCCUGGACAGGCGACACUGGGUGGGCUGAGUCCCAUCCAGUAUUCACCUGAUACAAUCAACAGAGAUCCAGCAACACAGGCAAAUUCAGAAGGUGCAACACAAGAACAGCCGCAGCUCUGA